UUGUGAAAUAGGUGCAAAGUUCACCAGGCUGUAAGAAUUAAAUAUUUUAGAUGCUAAAGAUAUUUUUAGCUACAAGUCUAAUGAACAAGCUCCAGGGAUUUUCCUGGUGAAAGGUUUAUAGCGAGAUCCCAGGAUGGUGCCCUAUGCAUUCCCUUUCACAACACUGUUAGUCAGAUUGGGCUAAAUGGCAAAGGUCUGGAAGUUGCCGUAUUUUUAGUUGUGGGGUAGACUGGUGUUUGGAUAGAAUCAGAAAGCUUGAGAAUGCCAAGCAAGCAGAGGACUAGUCCCCCUCUCCUCACUCUGAGGGUUGAACCCAGGACCUUAUCAGGUAGCCAUGGAUGCAAGGCGGUGCUGAGAGCAGAGGGGCAUGGCCGUAACCCUCCAUGUCCUACCCUGUCUGGUCCGAGCCCUCUCACGCCCGCUCUUCUGGGGAGCCCCAGUGGCCCGGCUGGCCAGUAGCAUGGUCUUGGCAGAGCAGGCGCGACAACUGUUCGACAGUGUUGUGGGUGCUGUGCAGCCAGGCCCCAUGCUGCAGAGGGCGCUGUCGUUGGAUCCUGGUGGCAGACUGCUGAAGGUGCGGGACCGAAGCUUCCAGCUACAGCAAAACCUCUACCUGGUGGGCUUCGGCAAGGCUGUCCUGGGCAUGGCGGCUGCGGCCGAGGAGCUGCUGGGCCAUCACCUCGUGCAGGGUGUGAUCAGCGUACCCAAGGGCAUCCGAGCUGCCAUGGAACAUGCUGGCAAGCACGAGAUGCUGCUGAAGCCGCACAGCCGCAUCCAGGUGUUUGAGGGCGCGGAGAACAACUUGCCCGACCGCGACGCGCUGCGGGCUGCGCUGGCCAUCCGGCAGCUGGCCGACGGGCUCACGGCCGACGACCUGCUGCUUGUGCUCAUCUCAGGUGGGGGCUCGGCCCUGCUGCCCGCCCCCAUCCCGCCUGUUACACUGGAGGAAAAGCAGAUGCUCACCAAGCUGCUGGCGGCCCGUGGAGCCACCAUCCAGGAGCUGAACACCAUCCGGAAGGCCCUGUCCCAACUCAAGGGUGGAGGGUUGGCUCAGGCUGCCUACCCUGCUCAGGUGGUCAGUCUCAUCCUGUCAGAUGUGAUUGGGGACCCUGUGGAGGUGAUCGCCAGCGGCCCCACUGUGGCCAGUGCCCACAACGUGCAAGACUGUCUGCACAUCCUCAACCACUACGGCCUCCGCGCUGCCCUGCCACGUUCUGUGAAGACCGUGCUGGCUCGGGCCGACUCUGAUCCUCGUGGGCCCCACACCUGCGGUCAUGUCCUCAAUGUGAUCAUUGGUUCCAAUGUGCUGGCACUGGCCGAGGCCCAGAGACAGGCUGAGGCGCUGGGCUACUGUGCCUUCAUGCUGAGCACAGCCAUGCAGGGCGAUGUGAAAAGGGUGGCCCAGUUCUAUGGGCUACUCUCCCGAGUAGCUGGAGCCCGCCUCUCCCCAUCCAUGGCUGGGACUUCCAUAGAAGAGGAGGCAAAACUCCACGAGUUGUUGGCUGAGCUCCAGAUCCCAGGCCUGCAGCUGGAGGAGACUCUGAACGCUGUGGCACAGGCCAAGGGCCCCGUCUGCCUGCUGGCUGGUGGCGAGCCCACGGUACAGCUGCAGGGCUCUGGCAAGGGCGGUCGGAACCAGGAACUCGCCCUGCAUGUUGGAGCAGAGCUGGGAAGACGGCCACUGGGGCCUGUUGAUGUGCUGUUUCUGAGUGGCGGCACUGAUGGGCAGGAUGGGCCCACAGACGCUGCCGGGGCCUGGGUCAUGUCUGAGCUGGUCAGCCAGGCUGCUGCUGAGGGCCUGGACCCGGCCAGCUUCCUUGCCCAGAAUGACUCGCAUACCUUCUUCUGCCGCUUCCAGGGCGGAGCACACCUGCUCUACACGGGGCUGACAGGGACCAAUGUCAUGGAUGCCCACCUCCUGCUUCUGCGGCCUCAGUGACAGCAUAGAUUACAUUUGGAGAGUCCAUAAGAGGUCUGCAAGGGCAGGGUCCUUGGGAAGACCAGCACUGAUCUCCAGUGCCUCCCAUGCUUUAGGGGGUCCCUUCCUUGGCUCUGGAUGCUUGAUUGCCUUCCACAGAUCUGCUCCAUAUUCAUUACCCCAGCUGGAUUGGAAGAUGGGGACUUCCUUCCACCCCCACUUUCUGCAUGGCAGCAGUUAACCCCAAGGACCAAGACAAGCCCCUUGGCCAGUUCACAGUUCUUGCCCUCCUCCGGACAGCUCCUCUGCCCAGCUCCUCAACCUGUUUGUUCUGUGGAGUGAAGCAAGGGGGACUGAAAAUAAAAAGGGCCAUACUAGGCUGGAGAAAUAGCUUAGUGGUUAAGGCACUUGCCUGAGAAAUCUAAGGACCCAGGUUCAAUUCCCCAGAACCCACAUAAGCCAGAUGCACAUGGUUGUGCAUGUGUCUGGAG